UCAUUCGUUCCGCUCAAACAUACACACGUUCCUUAAACCAACACCGUCGAGGUGAUCAUUCAUUUCACUAACGCGAUCCGCAGACAUUCCUUGAUUCAACUUGUCAACCAUCAUCAAGAUGAAGCAGUCAAUGUUUCUCGCGGCCACUAGCGCCAUCAUGGCUCUCGCCACACCCGUCGACAAGCGCCUUGUUGUCGAGACUGACAUUGUAGUCGAGUACCAAACCGUCACUGUCACUGCUGGCGACGAGCCUGCUACCACCACCACCACCGGUGUCUCUAAGCCUACUGUUUUCGUCAACGGCGGCAAGCACAGAUCUAAGUCGUCUUCUAGCACCGUUGUCGUCCCGUCCAGCGCGGCUCCUGCGGUUGUCUACGUCACUUCCACCAAGACCUACGGCGCCUCGUCUGUUGCCGAGACUACAGAGGCAACUUCCGUGGCUGAGCCCACCACUGAGGUUGUUGAGACCACUGAAGCUGCUCAAACUACUGAGGCUGCUCAGACCACUGUGGAGCCUGUUGCUACCAGCACCCAGGCCGCAUCCAGCUAUGUUGAGGCCGCGGCUUCUAGCAGCACCCAGGCCUCAGCUUCGCCUUCGGACAUGGCUAGCACUGCUCUGUACGCUCACAACCUUCACCGUGCCAACCACUCUGCUCCCGCUAUGGAGUGGCUCGAUGAGAUCGCUACCUACGCUGAGACUACCGCCAACAGCUGCAAGUUCGCACACGACAUGGACCAAGGAUCUGGCAACUACGGCCAGAACAUCGCCAUGUGGGCUACGUCUGACAACGCUGCUGCGCUUGGCGAGGCUGGCGCCAUCGGCAUGGCCUCCCACGACAUGUGGUACAAUGGCGAAGUCAACCUCUUCCUGCCUUCCUACUACGGCGAGUCCACUCCCGACAUGACCGACUUCGAAGCUUGGGGUCACUUCUCUCAGCUUGUCUGGAAGGGAUCCAACCAGCUCGGCUGCUACGCCAAGCUUUGCGCCGCCGGCACCAUGUACUCCGACAUGGAUGCUUGGUACAUGGUCUGCAACUACAGACCCGCUGGCAACGUUGGCGGCGGUUACGGCACCAACAUUGCGCAGUCCCUUGGCGAGGCUACCGUCACCAACUAAGUUUCGCCAUCUAGAACGCCGCCGUGAAUCGGCCCCUAGUCUCGAACGUGCCUUGAGGGCAGGGAGUCUAUGAUGAGCCUGGAGCGAAUCAACAGAGCAUGUCUCUUAUAUUCU